GGGCUGCCGGGAGAGAGAGGCCAGGAACCUUUUGUACGACUAGUUGGAUUAUAAAAAUCAGAAAACAGAUCAACCACCAUUUAAACUGCUGUGCCUUUAAGUUGUAACUGGAUUGUUUAAAAAAAAAAUUGUAUCUCACCCAGGACCAUUUAUUCUGAUGAUUAUAUCACACUGAAUAUGGAUUUAUUAUAUCUGAAUCAGAUGUUUUGAUGUUGUUUUUGUCUUUUUCCUGGAAUAUCAUGCGCAAGUUUGAAAAACUUUGAUUAAUCCUUUUUGUGUUUGAAUUACGCGUCGAUUACAACUUUUUUAUAUAUCAUUUUUACCCACCUAAACUUUACGUUUCAAUCUGCACACCAGUGCCACUGCCAGAUCUCUCCAGUGAACAUCAGCAGCCUAUCACAUCUCCCUUCUGGAUGUACCCAUAAUAGCAACGCAGAUCGCUUAACACUUUUUCGCAGACUGUCGCUGGUGCCUCCGAAACGGGGGUUUGGUUAUGUAUACGUUCUUUAUUCGUUUAUUUUGAGAACUUUCUCAGCUUUGGACGACAACAUUGCCAUCCGUGUGAAAUGUUCCCUCCGUCCCCGCUACUGCUCGUUUUCCCCGCUGCGCUCUUCUGGGCCGCACAAGUUGCCGGGGACCUCGAGGGUGUUACCAUCCCCGGUGAGAGCGCAAGUUUCGACCCGGCGCACCCCUGCGCCGUAGUGUCUCCACCAUGCAUGAGCGAGGCUGAUCGCUUCAGCUUGGAGGCCCUUCGGAGCAUCCAUCAGAUGAUGGAUGAUGACCAAGAUGGGGGGAUUGAGGUGGAAGAGAGUGUGGAGUUCAUUAUUGAAGACAUGAAGCAGCAACAGACUAACAAACACAGCAACCUGCACAGAGAAGACCAGCACAUCACAGUUGAGGAGCUCUGGAGAAGCUGGAAGUCAUCCGAAGUACAUAAUUGGACUCAGGAUGACGUGCUCCGCUGGCUGAAGGAUUUUGUUGAAUUGCCACAGUAUGAGAGAAAUUUUAAAGAGUUUAAGGUCAAUGGAAACACACUCCCCAGGAUUGCAGCUAAUGAGCCUUCAUUCCUGAGUGGCCAGCUAAGAGUUCAGGACCAGAGAGACAAACAGAAGCUCACCAUCAAAGCUCUGGAUGUUGUUCUGUUCGGACCACCUACACGGCCCCCUCAUAACUACAUGAAAGACCUGCUGCUCAUUGUGUCAGUUGUGAUGGGAGUCGGCGGCUGCUGGUUUGCCCAGGCUCAGAACAAAGCCAGCAAAGUCCACAUAUCUAAAAUGAUGAAAGAUUUAGAAAGUCUCCAGAGGGCUGAACAGAGCCUCAUAGAACUACAAGAACAACUGGAGCGAGCCCAGGAAGAAAAGCGUAAUGUGGCAGAAGAAAAACAGAGCCUAGAGGAGAAGAUGAGAGAUGAGAUCAUGGGGGCACAGGAAGAGGCUCAUCGUCUGCAUGAGCUGAGGCAGGGAGCUGUUAGUGAGCUGAGCCGCCUCAGAUAUGCAGAGGAGGAGCUGGAACAGGUCCGUGGAGCGCUGAAGCAGGCCGAGAAGGACAUGCAAGCCAGCUGGACUGUCACAGAGGUGCUUCAGCAGUGGCUGCAGCUGACACAUGAGGUAGAGGUGCAGUACUACAAUGUUAAAAAGCAGAGUGCAGAACUACAGCUUGCCACUGCCAAGGAGGAGGCAGAGAAGAUUAAGAAGAAGAGAAACUCUGUGCUGGGGACACUCCACGUGGCCCACAGCUCCUCUCUAGACCAAGUAGACCACAAGAUUUUGGAGGCCAAGAAUGCCUUGUCUGAAGUAACAGCCUGCCUGCGGGAGCGUCUUCAUCGCUGGCAACAUAUUGAGCUCCUCUGUGGGUUUCCCAUCAUCAGGAAUCCGGGUUUAGCAAAACUCACUGCUCAGCUCUACUCCGACUCAAUUGCCCUGGGGUUGCCUAGAGUGUGCCAGUCAUCUUGUUCGUGCCACAGCUCCAUUCAUGGCUCCAUAGAGGAUCUUUUAGAUGAGCCUACCUCUCCUAUUUUACCUCAGAUACCAGUUGCAGUUGCACCACUUAAACGGUCUCCUCGAGCACGGGUAUCCAUACGUCGGUCACGUCGCUCAGGGAUCAUUCCUCAACCAUCAGCCACCAUGAUCUCCCCAGACCCUGACCUUCUUAUCCCCAUCCGAACUCCCUACUCUUCCUAUGACGAGGAAGAGGAACAUUUCCGAAAAACACUAAAAAAACAAGAUUCCCAAGAAAGGUUCUCAGAUUCAGAGUAUAUGACUUCUCCUCCUCUCAGCAAACUGUUCCCUAGUUCUGCUGUUGACAUCUCCUCUCGAAAGCUCUAUCACGAUGACACUGAGCUGCUUGCUGAGAGCCCUGUUACAAAAACUUUAACUAAAGGAGUAGAGGCUCUUGUUGAAUCGCCACCUCACAAAAUGUCAGUGGAAGACCUUGAAACUUCUGUUGAUAUUGCCUGUAGCAAGAUGGUUAGAGACAAAACCUUGGAUACUUUGUUGGAAACAUCUUCUUUAAAAAUGUCUGCAGAAGAGUCAUAUAUAGAUUCAACAUCAAGGAAGAUGUCACGCAACAGGACUGGACUUUCCACUGAUGUUGCGCUUAAAAGGGGAAUUUCAAAUGAGACAGAUGCAGAGUUUUCACCCAGGAAAGUAGAGAAGGACACAGUGGGGGAUUUGACAGAAGUUCCCUCAAAGAAUACAUUCAGAGAAAGAAGUGAUUUGGGAAUAGAUGUGAGGAAGAUGAUAUGGGAUGAAGUAGAAGCAUCAGCGGAUCUAGCAAAAAGGAAGAUAUCAAAAGAUAUGAUGGGCGCUUCAACUGACACUUCCUCAGGAAAGAUGACAAGGGAUGAUCCUGAGCAUCUAUUUGACUCCAGAAGGAUUACUAGAGAUUCAAUGGGAGUUUCCCAAGACACAGGUUCCAGGAAACAUGCGUUCCAUAAAGGGGAAAAUCAAUUUGAUUCCUCUGUGAGGGGAUCAGCAAAAGACAAAAUAGUUGAGACAACCAGAAUACCAACAAGAAAAAUAUCUAGAGAUGAGCUGGAGUAUUAUACAGAUGUUGCUUCAAUGAAGAUACUGCCCAGAGAGAGACUCGAAGCACUUGUGGACACCUCAUCCUCUACAGAGAUGCAAGAGUUUUGUUUAGAGCCAUCAACAAGUAAAGGUUUACUGAGAAAUGAACUUGAAAUGUCUGCUGGUUCUCUCAGAAGGAGAAUGCCAAGAAUGCUGAGAGAGGAUGCUGAAAGCACCAUAGACACUCCUACUGGAAAAAUCUCUUGGGAUAGAGUUGAUAUCCCAAGGGAACUGCCUAAACAAUUCAUCUUGAGGGAAGAGUUAUCAGAAUCAAGUUCAUUGGCAGCUCACAAUGUGCAGCCUGAUCUCAUGUUAACUUCCCAGGUGCCAUGGAAGUCUUCAUCAGACUUUUUUACUGUUGGGCCACUGAGCCAGCUUGUUUAUGAUGGAAUCCUUGAAAAAUCAUGCAGCUCCGUGUCUUCAGCAACAAACCUCUCUGCUGGCAGGCUGCGAGCAGAGAUGGAGCCACCUCUGCCAAAACCAAGGGUUGUCCUCCCUGCUCCCUCAUUGCCUUCGGAGGCCGCAGAUGACAGGAACAAGGAAAAGGAAAAGAGCAAGAAACCUUUAAAGCUCAAAAAUCUCUUUAAAAAGAAAAUUGAGUCGAGUCCAGAGAAGCUUUAAGGUGCUCUUCGGAAACUCUGGCAAUCAGCUGAUUUUUUUCUUUCUUUCUUUUGAACAAUUUAUAGAAACUGAGUUUCGAAUUGUCUUUGAUGACAUUCAGUAGUCAAGGUUUUACAAACCUUUUAGCUCAAGGGGUUCAACUAUAGUGUUGCAUUAGUUGUUAAGGAACUGGAGUCAUUAUAUUAUUAUACACGCUAGCCCAAUUUUAGGGGUAAUCAAAAAUAGUUAAGGUUAAAGUUAAGAUUAAGUUAAGGGCUGUUUUUAAUCCUUGGAUGAAAGUCCUUUUUAGUUAAUGAAAUGUAAAACACAUGGAUUUCACCAAAUUUUACAUUUAAUCUUUUGAGAUGCCCUGCCAAGCAUUUACUGCAACCACCUUAGGUUUCUUUAUAUGUUUUCUGAAGCUGUAUAUCGGACAUGUAUCCAGUUAAUUUUGACCAUCUUGUUUAUAGAAUAGCGGUUAUAUCUUAAAAGAAGAUUCAAAGCCAACCCCAUCUUCUUUUAUCUAAACUCCUACAGAGUCAAAAUGACAAAAAGCAAACUAACUAGUAAUUGGUUUUACUUUCUAUACUAAGUCUUAUAGACACAUGGUUGAUAUAGUAGUUUAGAUUUUUUUUUAUAGUUAUGUGUGGUUGAAGGAUUAAAAGUUUUAACAGAUGCUUCUUUCCAGUAUGACAGUGGCAAUUCUUAAAUUCAUUUUAAAGAUUAGAAACUGAAUCAAAACUGUUUAAUACAGUGCUAAAGUUAACACAUUCUUGUGCAAAAGAAACUGAGUUAAACUUUGUGAUGUCCGAAUUAAAUUUACCUUCCUAAACUUAUCCAAAUUGACUAGUUAGAAAUUUUUGGGAAAUUUUCAGUACAGCUGCAUAAUGUACAUAUAUAUCAACAUUAAAGGACAAUUUAAAGGAACUGGAAUUGAAUUUUGUGUAGGGUUUAGGGGGUUAGGGUUAAACUCCAUGCUUUUAAAUGAACAUUAAAAUAGAGACAGUUUUUAUUUACCUAUUCAAUUUGUUUUUAAAAUUUUAAUUAUCACAGCAAUUGUUAGAGUCCUUAAACACGUUUGACGGCUGAAUAGCUCUAAAAAUAUGCAGCACAAUAAAGAAUCAUUUAUUAUACAACAAAUAUUUGUAAUAGUUUCAUACUAUAUUUUUUCAUAGAUGGUUCAGUAUUAUUUUCUUUAGCCCCUUUGCGAUUAAAUGGCAUUUACAGUCGCCAUCAGCACUUUUGAUGUGUGGUUUGUGUUGCAAAUGAAACUGCUGACUGUUUGCACUGCUAAUAUGGAGGAUUUUUGACUACUUCUGUGUUAGGCAGAAAAAAUUAAGUAAAUAAGUGAGUAGCAAGAUUUGAAAUGGAUCAGGAUUCACAAAGUAGAUAAUCAUAGUUUUUAUUCUUUAAGAAUUCUCCCUAUGUUUUAUGUUUGUUAGUUUUGCUUUGAUAGCUUACAAGCAUAGGGAUUAGUUUAUUUUUUGUAAAACAACAAAUGUAAAAAAAAAAAAUUAUUAUAGCUGUCUUAGUUUCUGAAAUUAAUGUAUUAAGAAUCACAUAUUUAAUUUCUAAAUUGUUUAUGUUAUUGAAUGAUUAAAGCUCAUUAAUUGUUUUCAGGCAUUAAAUCAUUUUCUUGUUUUAACUUAGUUUUUUUAUUUAAGCGCUUCAAAUAUGAAGAUUUUUCUUCAAUAAUUAAGUAUUUUUUAUACCAGUUGUAAUCAGAGGUGCAGUGCUGCUGAGUGCAAAGGAACAACACUGCACCACCAUUUUUCCAAAUGAGGAAAUAAAAUAUUCACAGUUGGAUUAAUUGGUUGAAAUUCGGUCUAAUUCUUGCAAGAAAGCCAUUAAUAGCAAAAUGAGUGGUCUCAGCUGUCAUCAUGAUAUUUAGAGCCAGAUUUGGCAAUGGUGUGCAACAGUACAAAACCCUCUUUUCGCAUCAGAAAGCUACCUGAUGAUGCAUUCACAGAAAUGCAAACAGUACACUAAUUAACAUAUGCCAUGAGCAGUCCAAAGUACUGGCUCAAAGUGAGCAGACCUGAUGAAGGGGGUCAGUGAUGUCAUAAGAAAAAUAAUAAUCUAUAAGUUGAGGUUUUACACAUGUGUUUCUCUCUGAAAACUGUGGAAAUGAAAAUAAAUAACAGGAGGCUGAAUGAGAAACAAUAUGUUUAUGAUAUAAGAGAUAACUCUUCUGAAAUUUCUAGGGACUGUGUUAGGUCCUGAUGACUAAGAUUCAGGUAGAAUGUAUCAAGAGGGGUGCAUUAUUAUUAUCAUGUGAGCAACAGCUGACCUGUUCAUGUAUAGAAGAACAACAAAAAUGUAUUUACCACCAGAACCCGAGGGACAAAUAACUCAGAUUGAUGCUACAACAAAGAGAACUGCACUUUUGCUUGUAAGUUGUUUCAGUGUCAAGUACCAUGAGUGUAAAAUGUUUUCCCCUGUGUUAGAAAAGAAAAACUGAUUAACUGUGUCAUGAAUAAAUGGGCUGUUAUUUACUGAUUUAUAUGAAAUUGAUGAUAACUCAGGUUACAAAAUUGGUAAAAUUUAAAAAUGCUGUCCAUUGUGUUAAAAUAAAAUCCCGA